UCCUUGUCUCUUAAUGAAAAUCCUUGGAUCUGCGACUGUCAUCUGGUGAGCUCAAUACAGUUACUGAAGGACAAAGUUCAGGCACCCAGUGGCCUGGUUUGCAAUAGUCCGCCGAGCCUGAGGGGACGCCAUAUGUUGAGUGUCGGGCCUGAAGUCUGUCCUUAUCCAACUCACGCAGGAAAUCUACCACAGGAAAGCACUUCAAAUUUGAACUCGCUGUAUGGCUUCACAGGAGGACUUUUCUUCAGUUUCAUCAUGUGCCUGAUUGUCUGUUUCAUCACAAAACACUGGAAAUAUAGCAGAGUUACUAAUCAGGCAGAGGAUGGACACGUCUUACAGAAGGACUCUGUGGAAGAGUUCCCAAGGGGCGUGACUGAUGCCCCUUCAGUAUCCCCUCUUCCCCAUAACUGUGUAAUAAAAGCAAAUAGGACAAGGGGCUUUCAGGAGGAAAGUGAAGCAGACACAAUAGAAAAAGCCCUGUGUGACCAUUUGAAGAACACGUCCCAAUCCAGCAGAGAACAUUCAGAAACAAGCUCCCCAGUGAAGAUGCCUGGAGUGGCCCUGCUGCCGGCUCACAGUCCCACAGGUAAAAAGAUCAUGACAAUCUGUAAAGAUGGAAUGGAAAUUGGAAGAUUAACUGAACGUUCAGACAAAGCCACAAGCCCAGCACUCCAGCAAGUGGGCAACAAAAAUGUGGAGAGAACAGCUGAAAUCCCCAGAUGUGUCAGUGCACCCGGCUUACUUCCUAAUGUGGAGAAACAACCUUCCCCAAAAAGGGACCCUGGUUUGCAUUGCUCAUUGUUGAGCCAUGAAAAAACAAUCCCGACGAGGGAGUGGAUGGAGAAUGGGGAACCUGCCUUGGUGAAAUAUUUUGAAACCCAGUGGGAAGAGCAGGCUUUGAGUCCCAUUACCUGGUUUUCUGGUUCUCAAUGUUCCCGGACUUUGGUAAAUGUAGUUUCUCCAGCAGGAAGUGCUACACAUUUACAAACAAGCAGAGACAGAAUUCACGCCACCUCUAACAAGAGAAGUAAAUCCUGGAGCCCCUUUCACUUCAACGUCUCCAGUCAUUUAACAGAAGCUCAUGGAGAUAGUGCAUCUAGAACAAAUGCUGAGAAGGGAUUUGAGGCCAGCUUGGUGCAUUCAAGAAGACACAAAGACUGUGAGACUUUAUGUCAAGAACAUUUUAUAGAGAGUGAGUCCACUGAUACUACUGAGGGCAGAUUCAAAGAUCAAGGAAUGAAAGAACCAGACUUGCAGAAAGACAUCUAUCUUAAGAACUGCUGCAUUGCACAAAGUGAAAGCAACAAUCAGAGAGCGACUACGAACACAGGGGAUGUCAACCUCACUCCAGAACCUGAAGCACCAGCCAACUCUCCACUUUCAGAUUUAGCCAGCCCUAGAGAACAUGCUGGUGCCAGCAACCCAGAUAAUAAAGACAUCAAGCCUGCAGCGGAGGGAAAAUUAGUUAGCCCCUGUCUUGGAAAAGAAGAUAUCCAUCCCCAGUCUUUCUGUAAUAAUGAUAGAUUGGGAGAAGAGAGGCCCAGCUGUAGAACACCCAGGAGUGAGAAACCCGACAAAGAAUCUUCCUUAAAGAACAAUAAAUUAACAAAAGAGAGAUUUUGGAACUACCAUACAAAUUGCUGCAAUGAACACCAGCCCUGCCCAAUUGCUCAGAAAGUAUUGAAGGAGCUGAAGACUGCGCUUCUGACUUCGAGAGAGCAAUUAGAUCUGUCCGCACAAGCUCCCCCCUCUGACAUGGAUCUUCUGAAAGAACAAGAAGUGACCACAACUUUCCUUGCCCAGUGUAUAAACAGUGAGGAGCCACUAACAAACAAAUGGGAAAAGGGAAACUCUAGCACUUUGCCAGACGUACACGCUUCCUCUGCUCCUGAUGGAAUUUGCCAUCAAGAGUUGCCUGGAGAUGACAGUAAAAUUUCUUGUGGACUUCCUCUGCAGCUGGGCCAACGAACCAGUAUAUCUCACCAAGAAGCUGGUGCUGAAUGCCCAUCUCUAAGUAAGGCAAUUGUUGAACUCAUCAAUGAAUUUCAAGAGAGCACUGAGAAAUGCAUUGUAAAAGAUCAGAGCAGGAUGGUGGAUAGUUUGGAGCAACUGCCGUUAGGAAAUGCCUCUGUUAGUGCCAAUCGUCUCCCGUCCAGAAGAUGCGAGAAUGCACGUAAUGAACAUGUUGCCCAGGACUGGAAGUCUUUGGAUGCCGAAACCCAUUCGGAUGCACUGACACACUCACAUAAUAACAUCAAUGAGCAUUUUGCAGGAGGUGAAGAAGGUUGUGUUCCUGCAUCUCCAAGUAUUUUACGCAGAGAACUCUGCCAUGUUAAGUCUCUACAACUCAGUGCUAUGGAAUCUGUCUAUUCUUGCCUCCCUCUCAGUGCAGAUGAAAGCACCCUGGAUCCUGACUCUCUAACUUCCAGUCCGAAUAUUAGUAAAGUUUCUUUAUUGGACAUUCAUGAAGUUGAACGUAAAAGUGUAGCAGACAGGAAGUCCAACCAUUAUUUGUCAAAUGAGGUUAUUUCGGUGCAGAAAAUGCAAAUUUCUCCAAGUGAAGAGAAAAGUGUAGGCAGAUUGAGAGAUGAAAGUGCUGAUGCUGAAUUCAUGCUUAAUGAGAAUGAGGCAGCUCAGUUUGAUAUUGACGAGGAGAAAACAAAGGAAUUUCAAUCUGACUGUACUGAGCACAAUUCAUAUGAGUUAGUGAACAUUGUUAGCUCAAAUGACACAGACCACCAAAAGAAUAUUAGGGAGCUGUUAGCCCCUAGUGACAUUUUGAGGAUUGAAAAUAAUACCUGGCAUAAUACAGACAACAAUCCUUAUAGAAGCUGCUUGGAAAAUGCCUGCAGUUCUAUAGCAGCUGAUCGUAAUGAAUGUGACGAUGUUGGAUGCAAAAAGGAAACUGGCCAUGAAUAUCUCUACCAACCUGCUGCAUCAAAAGGGUGCAGAGCCUCUACAAAUCCUUCUCUUAUUGUUUAUGAAAGUCAAGCAGGAGAAAUCAGUGUUGCAGGCUAUGAUGGUACUGUUUCUCAUUCAGGCCAUGCCUCCAGGAAUACAGGAAUUCAGCAAUUUGCUUGUAAUAAAAAGGACAAGUUUCAGCUCCAAAAUAUACCGGUAAAUCCAAAAAUGGAGAACGAACCAGAUAUGAAAUAUUCUAACCCUAAAUACCACAUAUUAGUGGCUGGCAACACAGAUGCCAAUCUUUGUGUGGCUGGAGACAACCCCUCUGCCAGUCCAUAUUUAGAAAGCGGACAACCCCUGGAGAUUGGACUACAUUCGAGGACCAUUUGUCUGCCAGAGCAGUCUGACAGGUGUCUUCUGCCACAAGAUUCUGCGCUUUCUGACCCACGGAAGAAGGAAUUAGAGCAAAACUGGAGUGAAAGUCUAUCAGCAAAACAACUUAAGAAAACAUAUUGUUCUGUUUUCAGACUAGCUACCGAAGGCUCAUCUUUUGGGAGGCUUUGCCAGAAUGUAGACUGCACCAUUGAGCCUCCUCAUCUGAGCAAGGGAACAUCCCCCACUACCCCACUGACACCAAACCUAUGUUUAUCGGGACAAGAAACUGAAAUACAUGCAAAUGGAGAGUCUUCGGCAUUCAACCCUCAACUGAUGGAUAAAGCGACAUAUUUAAGUUGCCUUUAUAAUCCAAAGACACCAAGGAAACAAGCAAAUGAACUAAGUGUACUUUCUAAUCUCCGCUAUUGUAAAAUUUCAGCAAAAGUAUCUUUUGGUGUGGAGGAGGAGGGAGGGAGGACAGUGUCACACACAAAAAAAGAAAAUGACCCAGACCAAUUAACAAGUGACCAUCAGUAUAAAUCUCCAGCUAAAAAAGUAGUCACCGCAGAUAGCAACUGAUGCUCACUGGUUUGUUUGUUAAGCACAAACAUACCCUUCAGAAAGUAUGUGUGGUGGUG